CCCACGCCGCAGAGCUACGCAGCCUUCGGUGCAGCCCUCACUCUUCUCUAGCUAUCUGCUCCGCGCUCCCCUGAUCACAGGGUGGCAUUGGCCUGGGGAAGGCGGAGCAGGUAAGGGCCCCAAAACCCGCGCCACGCGGUGAGGCGGCAUCAAGCAGCAAUUUGCUCAGCUGGCGAAAAACAACCAGAAAAAAAAUUCUCAUCAUGGCAAAUAUCCACCAGGAAAACGAAGAAAUGGAGCAGCCUAUGCAGAAUAGAGAGGAAGACCACCCUUUGGGAGGAGGUGAAGGCCGCCAGCCUGCAGGAAAUAACAGACGACAGGCUCGCCGACUUGCCCCUAAUUUUCGAAGGGCUAUACCCAAUAGGCAGAUCCAUGAUGGGAUGGGUGGAGAUGGAGAUGAUAUGGAAAUGUUCAUGGAGGAGAUGAGAGAAAUCAGGAGAAAACUUAGGGAGCUACAGUUGAGAAAUUGUCUGCGUAUUCUUAUGGGGGAGCUCUCCAAUCACCAUGACCAUCAUGAUGAAUUUUGCCUUAUGCCUUGACUUCUGCCAUGUUCCAUGAGAUGGAUACUGUGACUCCCACUGUUUUCAUUGCAUUUUCCUAAUAUGCCUUUAUUGGUCCAUUUGCUGUGAACCUUUUGUUAUUUCCGUGUGUCAGGUGGGUCUUGUGUUGCCAACUUCUAAUUGGAGAUUGCUUUACAUGCAUCUAAAUUUCUGUCAGCAGUAGAAUUUUAUAUAUUUGCAUGGAAAAAAUGUGAAGUUAAUAAAGCAUUUAACAAACUA